GCUUGUUGUUUUAAUAUAAAAUAACGGACACGUCACACUCAUCCCACCAUCGGUAGAGACCGAACGGUUCAUCGAGUCGAAUCGAGUGCACAAAGAAUGGAGAAGUUUGAGGGCAAAUGGCUUCUGUCUGAUCUGGACUUUGACCAACUGAAGAAACUGUACAUGUCUAAAUUUGGCGCACAUGAAGCUCAACUAAACAAGGACAAAGAAAAGUGGAUGACAAUCUACCUGGAAGUGACUGAAAAAGGGACCCAUUGGAAGCAUGCCAAUGCUCCAAAUGGAGAUACAACCAUGAAGUUUGACACGACAAAGUAUACGUGCGAAGUCAACCGCCCCAGCAGGAAUGAUAACAUUAAGAGCACAUUUGAGAUGAAGAGUGACACAGAAAUUGUCAUCCACAACCCUAACCGUCUCACGAUGACCGCCAAGUUGACUGGAAACGACCUGACAUUUACCCAGGCCAUUGAUGACGUCAGCGUGGACAGUGUGUUCACCAAGUCCACGGAGUGAGAAACCACCAUCUUCCGGUCAACCAUCAACACAGGCCUGAAAUACAGUGGUUUUUCUUUAGCUACAUGUUUACCUUUGCUCUGGCUAGGGUAUACGUAGUUCUGUAGUAACGUUGACUUUGUGCCUUCUUAGUCAUUUUAGCCUAUUGUGAAGUAGUAUCGGAUUUAGUUUGUUUAGAGUGCAUAGAAAGGAAAACUAUUAUGAUGGUGUCACUACAAUGCAUCAACACAGGCCUGGAAUUCAGCGUUUUUUCUUUCGCUACAUGUUUACCUUUGCUCUGGCUAGGGUAUACGUCGUUCUGUAGUAACAUUGACUAACAUGUGCCUACGGAGUAGAAUCGGCGCAGUUGUUAUUUUAAGCUUAAGCCAACUGUGAAGUAGUAUUGAAUUUAGUUUGUUUAGAGCGCAUAGAAAAGUAAACUAUUAUGAUGGUGGCAUUACAUUCAUUUACGUUGUAUGCACGUAUAUAUGAGCUUCUCUAGCUAAAUGAGAUAAUUGGACAGUUAUCCAAGUAACUCAAUAAAUUCUAUUAACCAUUUCGAAUUUCUUCUUCAGCUAUCUGACCUGGUGUCCGAACAUAUUAAUGCUGUAGACACGUGAUUUUUCAUGAUGUUAUCCUAAGAAAACAUUGCAGCAAAAUAAAACCUUUAGCCACCUGAUGUCUGACUGAUUACCAAAAUGUAACUGACUUUAUUGUUUGUUACCAUUAAAAUGCGCAUUAAAAUUGCUACUGUCAGCGAUUCAUUUAUUAGA